CCUCUCCCAUCCCCUGCUUAAACAACACAAGAGUUUGUGACCACAAAGAAGAGGACUCUUCGGACUGCCAACAGUAACUUUCAUCGGUGCCCUUGGGUUGGUAGCAUUUGGAAGACGAGGCACAACAGGCUGAUGCCGGUUGGGUGCCCUUUGCCUAGGGGAUUGCUGACCACCCGAAUAAAGUACCGGCUUAGAUCGCGAUUGCAGCCCAGAAGCCACCCCCUUAUGUGCUUGCUGCAUGCCGUGCUUCCUCGAAUGAGUCUGCGACAUGCCUAAUAAGAGACGAGAUGGGCCAGGGCGACGAGAGCGACCGCAUUGUGAUCAACGUGGGAGGGACUAGGCACCAGACUUACCGCAGCACCCUGCGCACCCUGCCCGGCACUCGGCUGGCCUGGAUCGCUGAGCCCGAUGCCCACAGCCACUUUGACUAUGACCCGCGCACAGACGAAUUCUUCUUUGACCGGCACCCAGGUGUCUUUGCCCACAUCCUGAACUACUACCGCACAGGCAAGCUGCACUGCCCAGCGGAUGUGUGUGGGCCUCUGUACGAAGAGGAGCUGGCCUUCUGGGGCAUUGACGAGACGGAUGUGGAGCCCUGUUGUUGGAUGACCUACCGCCAGCACCGCGACGCUGAGGAGGCACUUGACAGUUUUGGAGGGGCACCACUGGAUAGCAGUGCUGAGGACGGAGAUGCAGAUGGCACCGGAGACUCCGGGGAUGGCGAGGAAGAGCUGGAAAUGACUAAACGCUUGGCACUCAGUGACUCGCCCGAUGGCAGGUCCGGGGGCUUCUGGAGAAGGUGGCAGCCGCGCAUCUGGGCACUUUUUGAGGAUCCCUAUUCUUCCAGAUAUGCAAGGUAUGUGGCAUUUGCCUCCCUCUUCUUCAUUCUGGUCUCCAUCACCACCUUCUGCCUCGAGACCCAUGAGAGAUUUAACCCCAUCGUGAACAAGACAGAGACCGAAAUCAUUGGCAACGAUACCCAGGUGCGAUACUACCGGGAAGCAGAGACUGAGGCCUUUCUCACCUACAUCGAAGGCGUCUGUGUGGUCUGGUUUACAUUUGAGUUCCUGAUGAGAAUUACUUUCUGCCCAAACAAGGUGGAAUUUAUCAAAAACUCUUUGAACAUCAUUGACUUUGUGGCCAUUCUGCCUUUCUAUUUGGAGGUUGGACUCAGUGGCCUGUCUUCCAAAGCUGCUAAGGAUGUCUUGGGCUUCCUACGAGUAGUCCGCUUUGUGCGAAUUCUGCGAAUUUUCAAGCUGACCCGCCACUUUGUGGGGCUGCGGGUCCUGGGACAUACUCUCCGUGCCAGCACAAAUGAAUUCUUGCUGCUCAUCAUCUUCUUGGCAUUGGGCGUCUUAAUCUUUGCCACGAUGAUCUACUAUGCUGAGAGAAUAGGUGCUAAACCCAAUGAUCCUAGUGCCAGUGAACAUACACACUUUAAAAAUAUCCCCAUCGGCUUUUGGUGGGCUGUUGUCACCAUGACGACCCUGGGCUAUGGAGACAUGUAUCCUCAGACUUGGUCAGGCAUGCUGGUGGGGGCACUCUGUGCUCUGGCCGGUGUGCUGACCAUUGCCAUGCCAGUCCCUGUCAUUGUGAACAAUUUCGGAAUGUAUUACUCCUUAGCUAUGGCUAAGCAGAAGCUACCAAAGAAAAAAAAGAAGCAUAUCCCGAGGCCACCCCAGCUGGGAUCCCCCAAUUAUUGUAAAUCUGUCGUAAACUCUCCACACCACAGUACUCAGAGCGACACAUGCCCACUGGCCCAAGAAGAAAUUUUAGAAAUUAACAGAGCAGAUUCGAAACUGAAUGGUGAGGUGGCCAAGGCGGCGCUGGCAAAUGAAGACUGUCCCCACAUAGACCAGGCUAUAACGCCUGAUGAGGGCCUGCCCUUUACCCGCUCUGGCACUCGGGAGAGAUAUGGACCCUGCUUCCUCUUAUCAACCGGGGAAUAUCCCUGCCCGCCUGAUGGAGGAAUAAGAAAGGAUCUUUGCAAAGAAAGUCCUGUCAUUGCUAAAUAUAUGCCAACAGAGGCAGUCAGAGUGACUUGACAAGGCGAGAUGGAGAUGAACAUUGAUGGCUAAUAAACAUCUGUGUGGAACUGUGCAGGCAUAGAAGACCUCCUCAUUUGGACAAAGUAAACUCGCUCCAUGCAGGUUUUAAGGAUGAUUCCAUGUGGUUUCAGAGUUGUACUAGAGAUGCAGGCUUUUUCUACGGCCAAAAUGUAACAAAGUGUAGAAGAUCUCUUCUUCCUUUUUCUGAUUUUUUUUGUUUUGUUCAUAGCAUGAAUUGCAUGAAGUAAACAAAAAUUGCAAAUGUAUGAUUAACUUUAAGGGGGGAAAAAAGCAAAGUUAUAUAUUUUCUUUGAAAGCUCUUUACUUUUACAUACAUUGUUGUAGCCAAAAUGUAAAACAUUAUAAAACUGUACAUUUCUUUGCUAUGGAUUGCUUCUUUUUGUAUACAAGAUAGAGAGUAAUGGUUUUAAAAAAUGCAAUCAGGCAGUCAUCGGUCAUAUUGACCAUGCCUUCAUAACUCAUUACACUGACAUGGAAAUCAAGAACUUUUAAUUCAACUAGAACUGUGUAAAUUUAGGAAAGUCCUUUUUUUUCCUGUUUUCGUUGGCAUGCUUGUGACACACGGGACCUUUCUUUGGACCUGAUGGUAACAGCUGGUCUAGAUUUAAUUUCCAGCUCUGGUUAUGUUGUAUUUUAUUGAUGUAUAGAUCCAGCGUGAAGACCCUUCAUAACAAAUUGUUCAUAUUAAGUAAUCAGUAUGGAUUUGAAACAAAAAAAGUGUUAUUUUAAAACUGAGACUUAUAGUACAAAAAUCAGGAGAAUACUCAAGUUUAAACUUGUCUCAAAGUUUAAGAAACAAGACAACAGCAUUGUAUGCAAUUUAGAACUUCUGAGUAAAAUGCAUGCACAAUGUUAUGCAAAACAACUCUAGCAUGAAAUAAAUUUUGUAUCAUGGUUUCAGUGCCUGCUGUACAGUGUAAAGCAGAAUUAUUUUCUGAAGUGAUCAGGGGUUUCCAGAGACUUGUUUCUGAAAUCUUGAAUAAAUAUACAGUGCUCCCAACAGUAAUGCUGGAGAGAACCUUGGUAUUGGUUUGAUUCUAAAAUGGUAAUUUUGGUUAGUGGAUAACAAAUGAAGCCUGCAAACACUUGAUACAACCAAUGUCUGAAGUUUUCACAGCAACAGUAAAUAUUGCCAGGAAAGAUAAAAUCUAGAAUUACUUAGGUAUCUCUUCAUCUUCCCCACAAUAAUAAAAGUUUGUCUUUUUAGUAGAUGAAAUGAAUUCAGUUUUUCUUACUUCUGUGAGUCUGUCUUAACUUAUUCUUCAUUGAACCAUAAUAAUCUAUCAGCUCCGAAACUUUUCAUGAUGUCCAGAGCUAAGCUACUGCAGGUGCCUGAAUUAUAUCUUAGCUGCCAGAUACGAAGGGUGCCAGCAGAAAUUCAGAAGAGUAACGACACUGUACUUCCUUUCAGAUUCCACAAAUAAAAUGUAUGGAUUAUUUGCCAGGACCAUUCUAAUAGCCUCAACAUUUCUGGUAAGGUAUUUCUUUAAGAGUUCCCUUUUUGCCAACAUACCAGAUAAUUUAAUACACUUGGCAGCAUUCGAGCCAGAAG